GCUUUCCAGACGCGCGGAGCCGGGAGUGAGUGUGUGUGAGAGAGAGAGAGCGCGCGGGCGCGCGAAGGAGAGAGCGAGGGAGCCAGCGCGAGGCUCCUUCUUCCUCGAGGGCGCCUGAGGGAAGCAGCAGCAGCAGCAGCGGCGCCGGCCACCGCAGUGGCUCCUUCAUGCUUCCUUGACGCUUGACUCGCGCAGCGGCCCCUUCGCAGCGCCCGGCAUGAGCAUCUCCGUCCCGGAGGGGCUGACGGAGCUGCUGCAAGGCUUCACCGUGGAGGUGCUGAGGAGCCAGCCGGGGGACCUGCUGGACUUCGCCCUCCAGUACUUCGGGCGCCUCAAGGCCGAGGAAGAGGAAAAUGGGGAAGCGGACGUCGGCCGGCUCCAUGCCGCCUCGCCGGGGACCCCGAGGGGGAAGCAGGCACCCCGCGGCGGGGUCAACUUCGCCGAGGAGCCCAUGCAGACCGACUCCGAGAGCGGCGAAGGCGACGAGGACGGCGAGGCAGAGGGCUUCCCCGCUCCAGUGAUAAACCGGUUCACUAGACGGGCAUCAGUGUGUGCUGAAGCUUAUAAUCCUGAUGAAGAAGAGGAUGAUGCUGAUUCAAAGAUUAUCCACCCCAAAACAGAUGAUCAAAGAAACAGACUGCAAGAAGCUUGCAAAGACAUUCUCCUAUUUAAAAACCUAGAUCCGGAACAGAUGUCUCAGGUAUUAGAUGCCAUGUUUGAAAAAUCAGUUGAAGGAGGGGAGCAUGUCAUUGAUCAAGGUGAUGAUGGUGACAACUUCUAUGUAAUUGACUGGGGAACAUAUGAUAUUUAUGUGAAAUGUGAGGGUGUUGGAAGGUGUGUCGGCACCUAUGACAACCGUGGGAGCUUUGGUGAAUUGGCUUUAAUGUACAAUACACCUAGAGCAGCUACAAUCAUUGCUACCUCUCCUGGUGCUGUGUGGGGCUUGGACAGGGUAACAUUUCGAAGAAUUAUUGUAAAAAAUAAUGCCAAAAAGAGAAGAAUGUAUGAAAGCUUUAUUGAGUCAUUGCCCUUCCUUAAAUCUUUAGAGCUAUCUGAAAGGCUGAAAGUGGUCGAUGUGAUAGGUACCAAAAUCUACAAAGAUGGAGAACAAAUCAUUGCUCAGGGAGAUAUGGCUGACUGUUUCUUUAUCAUUGAAUCUGGAGAAGUGAAAAUUACAAUGAAAAGAAAGGGUAAACAGGAUGUAGAUGAAAACGAAGCUGUUGAAAUCACCCGGUACACUAGAGGGCAAUAUUUUGGUGAACUUGCUCUUGUAACUAACAAACCUCGAGCUGCCUCAGCAUUUGCACUUGGCACCGUCAAGUGUUUAGUUAUGGAUGUACAGGCAUUUGAAAGGCUUUUGGGACCUUGUAUGGAAAUUAUGAAAAGGAACAUUGCGAAUUACGAAGAACAGCUAGUUGCUCUGUUUGGAACGAAUAUGGACAUUGCUGAUCCUAGUGCAUGAAGUAAAGUAUGAAACCACAAGAUCUGUUUAUGAGAAAUAGCACAGUAGUGGUUAGUCCACUGAAAAUGUGUCUAUCUUCCUGUAGAUGCUAAGCAUUUUUCUGUGAUUUUACAGGGGACUGGGUUUCUUUGUGUUUUCCCCUAAAUUUUUAUUUGCCUUUUUGUACACAGUAUUUCAGGUGUAUCAAUACAUGGAGUAGAGACAUCAUAGCAUCAACCUUAACUUGAAGAAAAAUUGUGCCACUGACUCCUGAGCUUUUGGGUAACAGUCCUAGAUAUCAGCCCUAAAAUCUUUUAUUCAAGUUCAGUGAGUACCCUUCAUUCAGUUUUAGUAUUAAAAUCCUUGGGGGGGGGGGGGGGGGAAGACAUGAUGUCUAUAAUUACAAACAUUUUCUUUUACAAAAUCCUGGAUUGUAAUCCAGACAAUGUGUGCAUAUUGGCAUGUCUUUUUAUUUUCUCUUUCCUGACCCUGAAGUCUUCACCUGUGCAAAACAGCACUCCUGAAUUCUCCAUCUGCUUUGAAGGUAGCUUAUUUUUUAGCACAAGGCAUGGGUUACUUUCAGGAGUGUUCUGCUCUCCCAUAUGUCUGUGCAAUCCUUAGGAUUGCAGGAUACUCGAUGGAAUCUGUUCCUAGCUGACUAAUAGUCAAUGGCUUCUGUAAACUAUCUAGAGAUAAAUGGACUAAGUUGAUGUCAGCGGGGUAUUUCCCACUGAUAAAAAGUCAGGAUUGUGUCCAUAUGUCAAAUAAAUGUGGUAUUUUGAGAGUAUUAGUGCACCGAGUGUUCACAAGUAUCUAGUGAAGACGUUUACACAAUACACCUGGUUUCCUGGAUAUUUGAAAUUGAAUCUGGAUAAGUUAAGGUGGAUUUAUACAAGUUGCAUUUUUUAAAAGAUCUCCACUCCUAAAGCAUGGCCUUGUGUUCUUUAUAGCUUUUAUGAACUAAAUCUGGUCUCAGCUUUUUAAAAAUGUUUAUUUAUCACAUUUCAUUUCUGUUUGUAUGAAAAUACUGUAACAUCUUGCAAAAGUUGGUUUGUAUUUUUAUGUAAUAUGCUUAUUUUUUGUUGUUGCAUUUAUUGGGUUUGUAUUAUUUUGAUUAUAUACACUUAGGCCUUCACCGAUUAGAAGAGUGGAAAAAGUUCACCUUAGAUCAAGGAAGAGUAACUUCCCAUAGGUCAUUGUCAUAUUCUAUUUGCAUAUCAUGUGCAUAGAUAUAGCUUUCAAAGCCAUCUGGAUUGAGCUGUAAUCUGAGAUUACAAACUGGUUGACUAAUCCACAAAUUAGGAUUAGUAAAAUAAAUUCCUUGGAUUAGGAGUGUCAAUUUUGUUGGUACUUUUUAUAGCCCUUUGUUUUAAAUAUUGCUAUGUUUCUUCUGUUACGGUAUUUUUCCUUGAUUCUUCAUAAGUGGGCACCCUAUCCUUUACUGGUCUGUAUUUAAUUUAUGUACAUGGUGUUUUAAAUCACUGCACCUAAAAUCUGUUGUAAUCCUAACAUGGAAUAUGUCGGUGCCACCUUUUACUGCUAAUGUUCUGGUUUUCAAUUGACCGUAAAAAAAAGGAACUCCUAGAGUGGAGUCAUAAAGCGUACCUAAACAGGCAAUCAACUAUAUACCUACCCAUAUGAAAGCACAACCACAUCUGGAUUCAUUUUUUGCCACUGUAGUCAGAUAAUACCAAAAUUUAACUAAGAAUAUAUAAUAAUAUUGAAACAAAGCACCAGUUUUUAAAAACAGUGUAGUCUUCCUUGUUGACAGAGUUGUCAGAAAAGUCUUUAGCCUUUUUUAUGACCACUCUUCCUUCUGCUUAAAAUUCUGCUGCUUCAACAGUUGUGGCAUAGAAUGAAUUAUUGCCUCAUGAAAUGGAGAACAAAGUAUUGUCUAAUAUCUAUGUAAGAUAAUAUAUUUCUUUAUUUUUAUUUACUGCCUCUCAGGCUACCAAAGUCCACAGGAUAGUGUCCAGUGAGCAUCUAAACACACAGUUAGUGAUUGGUACAAAUUAUAAACUUACAGUAGAAACCUGUUACUGUAAAGCAAUAUUAUUAGUACAGGUUGAUUAUCCCUUGUUUGGAAUUCUGAAAUCCAAAACAGUUGAAAUGAGUGGCUUACAUAGUGGCACCUUUGCUUUCUGAUGGCUCAGUGUAAACACAAACUUUGUUUCAUGCAUCAAUUAUUAAAAUAGUGUAUAAAUUCAUGUUCGGACUUGAUAUCUCCAAGAUAUCAUGGUAUGUACAUAUAUGAAAAUACAAGUAUUCAAAACACCUGUAGUUCCAAACAUUUUGGAUAAGUUAUAGUCUACAUGAAUUGUGUAAUUUUUAUCAUACACUAUGAUAUAAAAUUAUCAACUUUUUCACAUAAUCUUCUUGGUAAAGGCCAAAAUCUAAUUUCUUAAUUUACUUAGACUAAUUGAAUCAAUGGAAUUUUCUUAAGUGUAAUUGAUAGGCCAUUCACCAGUUGAUUCUAUGAUUCUGUAUUGGAUAUAAGAAUCAUGUAGCCUUCCCGAUAUUGUUAAGAUUGUAAAUCCUAGUAACCCUAAAUCAACAUAGCAAAUUGUAUCAAAUGUUUGGAAAUGCAGUUCAAAAACACCAAGUGGGAAAUAUAAUUCUCAUUGAUGGUUUACUCUGAUUGAGACUGAAUCUAGCAAGUAGGUUUAAGCUGAGAUUCUUUUCCUUUUGGAUCAGCGAGUGGACAGUGUUAUGCAGUGGAGAGAAAAUCAGGCAGAGGACUCUGUGGCUUGCACCCAGAUAUUUCAUGUGCUAAAGGAGAGCUUUGGGUUGAAUUUUUUUAAUGAAAGCUAACCCACUGCACAUGGUGAACAUGUGAAUGAAGGGACUUCAAAAAACAUUCUGAUAUGGCAUGGUGAGUUUUUCUUUCAGUGAAAAAAACAUAGACUAAAUUCCACACUAAAAGAUACUCUGUGCAUCCUGGCCCACAACCUUUUGGAUUUUUAACUGAGGAGGGCUACGUAUUAUGUUAAGUGUUAUUUAGGGGGAUGAUGAUGUGAUUUACACAUGUGACAAAACCUUCCAAUCAAAGCCAAAACUAGUUAGUUUGUAACUGUGUUUGUUUAAAAUUAUCUAUACAGAGGCAUUAAUCCUUCUAUAGAAUUGCAAUUACUAUUAGGCUUGCAAUGCUCAUCGGCAUACUUCCAGUACAUGAAAAUUAGCAUACUUCAGCAUUUUUUCUGCUUUUGAGCUAUGUUGCCAAGAUUUUAGUUCUUCCCACUAUGAUCUUUUAAUAAAUAUGAGAGCAAUCUGUAAUGGGAAGGAGUUUUAUUCAGAUCAGUCUAGUGUAUCUUUAUACUGUCGGUUAUCUUCCAUUCUAUUUGUGAAAGGAAGGCAAGAUAUAAUUCUAAUACUGUGGGUCUUUUGUAUCCUCUGGGGUUUGGUUCCAGAAUGUCCCAUGGAUACCAAAAUCAAGUCCCAUUAUAAACAGUGGUGUAGCAAAAUGGCAUCUCUUACAUCAAAAGACAAAAUCAAGGCUUGCAUUUUGGAUUAAAAAAAAUAAAUUCCAAUCCUUGGAUGGUUGAACUUAUGGAUGCAGAAUCCAUAGAUAGAGAGGGCCCAAAUGUAUAUAAUCAGUGCAAAGGUGUACGUAAAGGAACAGUCACAAUAGUUUUGUGGUGUCAAACUUGUGGCCCUCCAGAUAUUUGGGCUUCCAACUCCUGGAAACCAUAGCCAGCUUGUCCAACGGCCAAGAAUUCUGGGAGCUGAAGUCCAAAACACCUGAAAGGCCACAGCUUUGACACCAAUGCAAUAGCUUGUGCCCUUCAAUAAUAUUCUUCUGUUUGUACGCAACAGACAAUCAGCAAAGCAUAGUGAGUAUUGGCUUCAGUAGUCCUUUGCUAGAUAGGGCUCACAAGAUGUACACAAGGUAUGUUUUCAUUCUCGUCUCAUAGUGGAGAAUGUCUUGCAUUGUGAGCGAUCCAACAUUGCUGUGCAUUUGGAUGUCCAUUGUUUAUUUAAACUAUAUUUAAUAUCUCCUUCCAGACCUAAGGCAAUAAACAAAAAACCCCAAUUAAAACAAUGCAAAGAUAAAAAAAUUUUUAAAAGCACAUUAAAACACUCCUUGAAAAACUGAAAAAACAGAGUCCUAGAAUCCAGUUUAAAAGCAGUUGAAAUAGCAAUUUCAGACAUUGUCUUUUUCCUGAGCAAGAGGGCUUUCACACCUUGUUACACCAUGGAAUCAAACCUGUGCUGGUCUGCCAGUGUUCAAGCUUCCCAUGUUAACCAACUGUUUUCCAGGUAUAACCAGUAUAAUGUUAAUUUUCAGUCAAGGAAACCUGGUAAAAUAUCUAGCUCAUCCAUGAAACUAAAUGUUAUCACUAGAUGCAACUAGGAUAAAUAAAAUGGUAACUUGUGAACACAAGUGGGGAGAAAGAACAUUUUCUGUGCCUAGGGGUAUCUUAACCUUGUGUGAAGGGGAAAUAUCACAUUAGAGAAAGUGGCACAAAAGCAUUUUUGAAAAGACUUCAGUUCAUAUAUACUUGCUUAUAUGAAAAAGGAACAUGUUUAUUUGCAUUUUAAAAAUAGGAUGCCUGUGCAUGUUGGAAAAUGUGUAUAUAACGUGUGUGGGGAAUGAGAUUGUGUUGCACCCUUGGCUAUGCCUACCACACUCCCAGGGGCAGUUGUUGGAUCUUACGUUGGCACAGUAUCUUCUUUACUGUCUUUACCUCUUGAAAUUAAGGGUUAAAUAUCACAUGGGUUGGAUUUAUGUAGAUUUCAGUGACAUAUGUUAGAAUCCACUGGAAUAUAUGGAAGUGAGUGGGGAGGGGUGGGAACAGCUUGUACAUUCUUUUUCGAUAGACACGAAUAGGAUCAACAAUUUAUAUAAUCUGAACUGAGAAAGUGGAAGAGACGUAGUUGGAUGCUACUGUGCUUAUUUGGCAUGCAGAACUUUUAAUCAGCUCCUUGAGUUAAAGGAAUCUCAGGAUGAGUUACCAUAGAUGUCUGCCUGAAAUUAUUGAGAAUCACUGCCAGACCUGGCUUUCUUGGACAAGGAUAGAUGGACCAACAGUCCGACUUAACAGGCAGUUUCACAUGUUCAGAUGUAAUGGCUACUCUUGUGCCACAUUUUUUGAGAACUCAGCUAAAGCCUAAACCAGAACAUCUUCCACCAUUAUCCUAAUAUCUUUCAGUUUAGAAUUGUCUUUUAGUGGUCAGGGUUUAAAUGCUGUAUUUAAAAUCAAUGGGAUUUAGGAGAUAUUUUGAUAUGUAUGUGUGUGCUUUUCAUGUAUAUUUCUUCUGUUUGAGAGCUUUGUUAGCUGCCCUACACUCUUUGGGUAGAGCAGAAUUUUUUUUUAAAUGAACAUUACAUUAAGGAUUCAUACUCUGCCCCACCCUUUUACAAGAAAUUUGUGUAUCACUUCCUUUUCCUGAAUGUUAAUGUUCUGUCUUUUUACUGAUGCCUCUUUUUUAUGGUACCUAUCAGUUGGUGAAGAUUUACAAUGUACAAAAUUAAUAAAUAAUUUUGAAUAUAGAA